UUCAAUACAAGCGAGUGGCUGUAAAAAGAUAAAGGUCAGCUUUAGGCAAGAGUGUUGCACGUUUACCAUCUCACAAACAUGGAGAAGGAUGAAUGCAGGUCGUUAUCGAAGAGUAUUUGUAUAGAAUUUGCCCGUGAUCAAGUUUUGAGAGCUCAGCAGCUAUUGGAACGAUUUCGUUUAUGCGACUGCCCCGAUGUCGGCGGAUUCGAAUGUCGUUGCGUCAGUGAAGAAGUAAUGGAGACUAUCGGGAAUAGAAGCUACACGGAGAGGAGCACACAAACAGAGGAAAAUAAUCGAUCGACUCCUCUGAAGUCGUCAUUGUUCUAUCGAAGUGAUUCAAGCUCUGCAGCAGAUUUGCGAGAUGGUCCUCCAAACUUCAAUAUACAACGGAACGUUGUUAGCGUCGCCAGAAAUUAUUUCCCAGAUGAUCAAACUUACGAUGGAAUCAAGAAUCCCUAUGUCUUGGUUAUAAACAAUGUAAAUUUUUACAACGAUCCGCGACCGAGGAAUGGAGCACGACAUGAUCUCGACAACUUGAAACGGUUUAUGAAAGAGGCUGGAUUCCGAUCUGUUGAAGAGCGCAUACAUUCCGAUUUACGGAAAAAACAGAUGCUGGCCAUUCUUGAGGAAACUCGACUAAAUGGGGCACUAGCUGAACAUGACAGUUUCAUCUGCAUUAUUAUGAGUCAUGGAAAUGAAGAGGGUAUCCUGGGAAUAGACAGUCAAGCCAUACCAGUUGAUGACAUAACUGCAAAAUUUCAAGGUGGGGAUCAGUGCCCCCAGCUAGUGACCAAGCCUAAACUGUUCUUCCUUCAAGCAUGCAGAGGAGAUGUUGAUGACAAAGGGUAUUAUGUACCAAGAGGACCAAGGUCUCAAGAUGUUUAUGCAGAUUCUGAUCAUUUCCAGGAGAUGCCUGUAAAACUGCCAUCGGAUGCAGACUUUUUGAUUGCCUACUCAACCACCAAGGGCUAUGUAUCCCACAGAAGAUUUAUAGACAGUGCAAGGACUGCAGCAGCCUAUGGGGAGAGUCUGGGCUCGUGGUUCAUCUCUUGUUUGGUGCAGGUUUUGCGAGCAAAUUCUCACAAAGAAGACCUGAUGACUAUGCUGACCCGAGUGAACAAGGCCAUGAGCGAGUUUUACACAGAAGGAGGAAGCAAGCAGAUUUCAUGUCAGCUUUCCAUGCUUACUAAAAAGGUUUACUUUGCCAGUUUUCUCAACAAGAACUCUGCUGCAGUAGCUGCAGUGUAAAGUAACCAUAUAACAAAUUGAAUUGACCACAUUUCUUCGUUAAGAUAACUUGAACAAAGAAUUGUUAAUUGUUUUGAAAAGUAGUCACUGACACAACUUUUUAAAGCAAAUUUGAAGAAUUCCUUGGGUUAAGUUAACGUGCGUGAAAUUUAGAAAUUUUAAUUGAUGAAAAUUAUAUGCAGGAGUACACAUUUAACAUAAUUAUACAUUUUAGAUAAUGUCACAGGCAAGAUCAGAAAUUUUACUUAUGAAGGGAAAAUGUGUACCGAAUGUGCAUGUGGAGACAAUAUUAAAUUAAACAAAACAGCUGAGACUAUUCAGUCACAAAUGAACUACUAACACAUAAUUUACAUUGCCACAAUGCCUAAUUUAAGUGUAAUGACUUCUUUAGACAGAUUUCAAGUCCUUUCUAAGGUGUAAUAAUAGGAAAAAAAUACUUGACUGCAUGCACACUUUUGUAAAUAUAGAGCUGUCAUUUUUUGGUAUAAAAUACCAUUAUCGUCAUUGUAAAAUACAUAGCACUUAUUAUUAUAUAGUAAGUAGAAGGGACUAAAAUAGUUUGUCACAAUGGAGAUAACAAUUACUUUGAGUUACUCCAUAAUGUUUACAAGUUUAUCUUCAUGACAUGAAAAAAUAAAAAAAAAUUCACAGAAUUAUUGAGUAAAAUUGGAACACUAACAUUACUUUUAAAUGCCUGUAAUACAGAAUGAUCUAAUUAGAGUAUUUUUUUUUGAAAAAAAAAA